AUGUCCAUCAGCGCCCUUAGGGCAAUGGGCAAGCUAAAUUAUCAAUACUCGCAGGGUAUGAAGUCGGUAAAAGAGCUUAAGCUAGCCACGGACCAUUCGACUCCCCAAAAGAUGCCCAAAAUCAAGCAUACAUACCACGACGACCUUGAAUCGAUGUUUUACGUUUUUGCCUGGAUUGGCAUAAUGUUCAAGGGACCUAUGGGUGAAGAGCGCUGCCUUGAGGAUGUCGUGGACCAUGAUCCUGACAAAAUGGAGAUGUGGCUACCAGAGCGAUGGCAUGGUACGCCGGAAGAAGUCACUCAAAAAGCCGAAGCGAAGCACUAUUUUUUCCUUGGAGAUUCGAUGAAACAGUGCAUCGGAGAACAAUUCGCCCCCUAUUUCCAAAAGCUCGUUCCUCUAGCAGAGGAGUGGUAUGACCUCAUGAGUGAGAAGAGGAUGAAGGUCGAGUUUGACGAAGUGGUCUCAUUAUUCGACAAGCACAUCAACGCGCUUCCGGACGAAGAGGACUCUGAUGAGUUGUUGAAGAAGGCCAAGAGGUUGGGUGAUGGGAAGGAGGGGAAGAAUGACAUUACUCCCGCUCCGUCGAAGCGAACUAAAGUUGAAGUGAGCUUGUAA